GAUAUCAUUUCUCAGUUGGCAACACUCGCGCGAAGUCGCUGUCGCUCGCUGUGUGUAAGCGCAGAUGAUUUUGAAAACAAAUCGUAUUGUCGAAUAAAUGUAAAUAUUCAUUCGAAUUUGAAUACAACUGGUCCCGUUGAAUUCAUUAAAUGUGGACUAUAAAUACUGGCGCAUGUUUAUCAGUCAAUUGAUUUAAUCGGGUCAAAGUGUUGUGUGUAAUUCAUUUCUCAUUAUGCAGUGUUAGUGGCCUGGUGAUCAACUCAAGUGAUGGAUUCCCCGCCGGUGCCGAAGCCUCGAAGUGCGUUUAUGCCCCAAAAUGAUCCUCUGGUGCGCCCCGUACCAGUUCCACGCACAAAGGUGCCACAGCCGGCAGAGAGAGUUACAGCUUCCGACAUAUUCAAGUCUAUUAGUACAGUUUCAAAGCAGUUAUCAGAAGAUGUAGCACUUAAAGUAAGUAGUUCUGCCAAAUCUGCUAAUGAAAAGUUUGAAAAGAGCAUUCAGGAUGGCUCGAAAUUUGCCAAAGACACGUUAGAAAAAACAUUAACUACAUCCCGAGCUGUGCGACAAUCUGUGACUAAGUCUGUGAUAGAAGGAACUAGGACAGCGGGCCUUAGGCUUAGGAGAACUAAGAAGCCGGAUAGUCUUGAUGAAAUUGAUACACAAAGAUGUGUUUCGAUGCCAGCUGUUGAUGUGGGCCUGUUUGAUAAUAUACAAUUUAAUUCACCCCUUCUAGAACAAAAGAGGUUUAAUAAUGAAAGUGUCACAGCACAAAAAAAUGUGGAACAUCCCAACUUACACCUCAAUACAAAAGUAUUUGACGACUUGUCAUUAUUUUCUAGUAACUCAGACAAUACAGAUUCUGUCAGUAGCUUCUCAUAUGACAUUAGUAAAGAUUUUGAUCAAAAUGCUUCAACCUUGACCUUGGAGAGUGAACAAAUGACAUAUGAUAUUCCAAAACCAUCAAGAACUAACAGCAUAGUCAGUUCCAUGAGUUCAACUUCAGUGGGCUCCUGUCCUGAGGUGCCGGAGAGGAGGAAGAAGAGAGACAGUGCUUUACCGGUGGAGAUAAUGAAAAAUAAUACUAUGUAUGAAAACUGGGUCCUGCCGACUCAGGCUUCAGCAAGCACUACUCCCACUUCACCAACCACAGAUGCAGAAUCAUUUGAUGAAGAACCACAAAAGCCCCGCCAGAGUACAUUGUAUGAAUUUGAUCCACUACAAUCUCGUAGUUCCACAAAGAAGUUUGAGGGAAUGAGUAAUGAACUACUGUUACUUGAAUCCUUCUUAAUAGGAGAUACCUAUGGUACAAUAGUGGCUUCAGACAACACAGAUGACACUUUUGAAUUCUAUGAAAGUGACUAUUUUAAUCCACCAACGCCUCCAGAGCGCUCUGACAGCCUUUUUAAUGAACCAAAGCCGAGUAUAAUUGACAAAGACAGUAGCUCCCAUUGGUUUGUGGAUGGUGAUACAAAAUCAGUGACAGAAGAAGAUACUAAAUCAACUAACACAGUUAUGCGAAAGUUUUCUCAUAUGCUUAAAUUUGAGAAAUUAAAUAAAACUGUGAAACCGGCUGUGCAAAAAGUUGACUGUGUUGAACGGCCACCAGUGAACUCAAUGCUGGUGCCUUACUUCAGUGGCUUACUCACAAGGAUUGUGUCAGGAGUUGUAGAAGACUUGUUCAAGAACUCUCAAACACGAUAUUGUGUACUCUCUGAUCAGAAGUUGAUGUGUUACUCAGACCCAACCAACUCGGUUCUCAAGGAAGCUUAUACAUUAGAUAGUAUUUACUCAGUGCAAAUAGUUUUGCCUCUAUCUUCAAGUACCACAAGCAACUCGUACUGCUUCGAGCUGGCUGUGUCAUCGGGUGGUUUGAGAAGUACCCCUAGGAAGAUCCUGUUCAGCUGCGCCAGCGCAUCGGAGCGACGCAACUGGGCGCAGAAAAUAGCUGAACAUCUGACUUGCGGGUUUGCCACGAAGUAUACGUCAGAGUUCACUAGAUGCGGCUGGUGCUAUCUUAAGGAGGGGGUGACAGGCGAGUGGCGAGGUGCUUGGGUGAUGCUUAUCCGACGAGUAAUGGUCUACUACACAACCAAGGAGCCGACGGUCUGCACUGUUGACCUCAGGAAGACGAGAUGUGUUGUGACUCAGGAGGCCGACGAAGAUACGAAGUCGGUUUGCCCGACAGACGGCUGCGACAACCUACUGCUGGACUGUCCACACGCUACCCUGUACUUGAGGUUCCCGCACGAGAGAGAACUUAAGGCAGUCUAUCGGAAGGGAUAUACCGGCGCGCUGGCAGCAGCUCGGUGCUGUCGGAGCUGCUGGCGAGGUUCCGGCGCGACGCCUGGUCUGUCCAGCUCAGCCCCAGCCAGCAUACAGAACAUGACGUCGCUGGAGUUCUUAAACGGUUCUUCCGAGACCUUCCCGAGGCGCUGGUACCGCAGGACAAACACCAAGAUCUAGUCAAAGCAUCAGAGAUACCGGAGGGUCCAGCCCGUUACGCGGAAUACAGACGAGUGAUGUCUUCACUGCCUCUAGUAGCGAGAAACACGGCUCGCAAACUGUUCGCGCAUCUGUACUUUUUGCACACAAUGUCGCAUGCCAACAAGAUGGGCGCUGAGAACCUCGCAUCUGUUUGGGCUCCAACUAUUAUGCCUGCUGCCAUGCCUCGAAUGGCAAAACUGGAUAACAGCUUCAUGGGUUGGUCAUCGGGCGAGGUGUAUGUGGUGGGCGACUUGAUAGCGAACUUCGAGGCGGUGUGGGAGCCGACGGAGAGCGAGCGGCGGCGCGAGGCGGCGGUGCGGCGCGUGAUCAUGCGCGUGCUGUCGCGCGCCGCGCCGCACGCCCCGCGCGCAGCCGGGGACCUGCGGACCUGGGUCUACGUGGCCGACAACACCACCUGCUAUCAGAUCUCUCUAACACCAAACAAAACGAGCUCCGAUGUCUGCAUAGAAUUGUGCGAGAAAGCGAAAUCGGAAUCACAUCUAUUGAUGUUAGAAGAGGUGAUUUGCAACGAGUCGAUGCGACGCGUAGUACACAUUGACGAGGUUGUGUUAGACGUUGUACUGCGGUGGAGCUACUGGGAUGAGGACGACAGGAAGAACAACUAUCUCCUGGUGAAACGGAACAAGAUCUUACACGAUAUGGAAGCAAUGAGGCAGACCACCUCAGUGUGCGGGGAACUCAGAUUCGCUUCGGAGUCUAUGAAGUCCUUCAAAAUGCACAUGUUUGAGGUCCAGAAUAAAAGGUUGUGUUACUUUAAGGAUAAACAGGGUUCGCAUAAGAUUGAAGAGUGGAAAGUGAAGGACGUGUUGUGGUACGUGGGUCACGAGCCAAAGCGGAACCCGCAGUCGCGCUGGGCGAUCACCUUCAUUCCGAGAAACAAACAGAAACGGAGCAAGGACAAGCCUUGGUUCGGGUGCACCAUAGCGGGUGCAGUCACAGAAGACCACUUAAAGUGGAUGACGGCGCUCAUGUUCGCCGAACAUGCCAACAUCCUUCCCACACCACGACUUGUUAUUACAUAGCUGCUACAGUAAAAUCUGUGCUGUGCAGUCUGUGAUACUUGGGCAAUCAACACUACAUUUAUAGCAGCUCUACAUAUAAAGUGCAACACCGAAUUCCAAAAACCAAUCAAAAGAAUUGAAUCCACUGUAGCACUUGUAAUAUUAAAACUGUUCUAAGUCUAUAGUGAUAUUAUUAAAAAACUUUUGGGUUAUUGCGACUGUUUUUGAGAAUGUUGGUUUAAUGAUUUUUAUACAUUAAUACUUUAAUUAUACCGUACUAGGUUAGUGCCCCGACUUUGCAUGACAAGAAGAGGCUGAAAAAUCUAACCAACUAAACAGUAAAGGUAUCACAUUAUUACAUAAAAAACGAUAGCAAUGCUUUUGGUCCCAGUUCUUCUGUGUCAAGAUAGUGCUAUUAAUUUAAAUAGUACAAAAGUAUGAAAUUUUAUUUUGAAUAAAGUUUACCUGCAACAAUUAAAUGCAAUAAAUUGAUGUUCCUUGAUAAUUCAAUGUAUAUUAUUGCACUAUCAGUUAGAUAAUUAUGGUACUAAUAUUAUACUGUGUUAUUAGACUUAAUGAAUGUUUUAUGAUUUUAACACAAACAUGUAAUAAUCAUUACAUAAUAUAUAUAUUAUAUUCACUAUUUUAUCAAAGUAUGAGAACUUGAAAGUAUUUUGUUUCAAUUAACAUUCCGUUUGUGUCUCUGGUAGGUAAGAAUGUUACCAAUUCAGUUGAAAUCAUGACUGACCAAAAUAUUAAAAAGUUGAAUUCCGACUCGUAUUAUGCCUAUAUACGAAUCAAAAAGAGUAAGUAAUUAAAGUAAAAGUGAUUUUUAUUUUAUGCGUCACCCGUUAUGAUGUUGUAGAAUAUAUUGUGAGUAGGUAGUAGAUAUUAUUUAAAUACAUGUGCAAUUUUUAAUAUUGUUAUAAAUCUUCAAUGAUUAUGAUUGUUGUUGCUUGCUUUCAAGUCAUGAUUGCCUUAACUAACACAAAUUAUGAUACAUAGUAUAAUAAACUUAAUAAAGACAUAGAUUUUAAGUGUUUGUCAAAGAAGUUUGUUGCUACAAAAUAGUACAAUAUAUUAAUAAUAUCAAUGCCUUUUGCAUUGAAUCUCUUUACUGUUGGAAUAUAACCUGGACUUCUAGAAACUCAAUGUAAUAAUCCUUUUCCUAUCACUUAAUAGAUAACCAGCUACUUUUAAUCGUUAAAUUGUUUGGCACUGGUACCACAAGAGGUAAUAACAAAAAAAAAAACAAGUACUUGUGCUUAUAAUAAUAAUAUAUAAUUGUAAUGUUGCCCUUUUAAUUCAGUGCGGAAUGCACCGCUAUGAUAAAAUCAUCUCAGACUUGAUAUAAUUAUUAAGAUAAUGUGAAGUUAAAUAUUUAGCUAAUAUAAUAAACAGGCAAAGGAUUAUAUGUUUAGAUUUGUGACUAAAAUUGAUACUAAAGAGUGUUUAUAAAAUGUUUAUAUGAAAUGUAUUUUGUACUGUUUCUUUUUUUUAUAGUGAAGUUUAGAUAAAUAGUCGACAAGACAUUGAAUACUGGAAUUAAAUAGGCAUGUAUCACGGUAAUGUAGUAUUGGAGUUUUCAAGUGGAUUUUGCCUCGAGUUUCUCUCAGUUCGAAGCCUCGAAGCCUUUAUUUGAAAUAUUAAUAAUAUAAUAGGUAAAUCACGUUUCAACUGUAUGAUUGAGAAUGUAUAAAUAAGAAGGUCAUAUAGACUUUUGGUGUAUUAGUGCUUAUAACGUAUAUCUUUCAGGUAUAUAUGUAAGUUGCGUGCCUUCGUCUUAUGAAAGACAAUUUGACAAUCCGUUUGACAAGUGACGUAGCACUGACUUCACAGGGCAAUACGUCAGCCUCGGAAAAAAUAUUUGUCUACUGGCUUUGGUAACAGUAACUUCUAACAAUCAUUUGGUAAGAACUUAUUAAGCCUCAAAAUACUAAAUUUCAUUUUGUAUACUAAAGCCGCAAUGUUCUAGAUUUCUAAGCACUGUCGUAAUAAGAACAAUGUCCCGAAUAGAAUUAUUCUUGGUUAAUUACAAAUUGUUUUCACAAAACUCGUAUUAAAAUGGUUUACUAUAACUGCAAAGAAAUAGUAAAAAAAGUCUACCAAAUUUUAUUGAAUAAGUAUUAUGCUCUGAAGCUACACAACCAACCAAACCGGGAAGUGUAAUCCCUUGUGAGCAACUGAGUUCUUGGAAAGAAGAACAUUUUGUUUACAAUAAUAUUAUAAAAUAAUAAUAUAUUAUUAAUAAGUAAUGUUUGUCUCAGAGAUUUUAUAAUUUUUAAUCAUGACGUUUUGUAUUUUUAACGAAUAAAUGAAUUAUCAGAUAAGAAUAAUAUCAUGAAUGUACGUGUAAUUAUAAUGUGCUCAAAUAAAUGCUAUUUGAAAGGUGA